UCUCCGCGCGGCCUGGCCUGCUGAAGUCCAUUGCCGAGGCAACGACGCGGUGUGGGCCCUUCGGCCCUGCCAGCCAGGAUGAACAUCCGCAAUGCCCGACCCGAGGACCUGAUGAACAUGCAGCACUGCAACCUGCUCUGCCUGCCCGAGAACUACCAGAUGAAGUACUACUUCUACCAUGGCCUGUCGUGGCCCCAGCUCUCCUACAUCGCCGAGGACGAGGACGGCAAGAUCGUGGGCUACGUCCUGGCCAAGAUGGAGGAGGACCCCGAUGAUGUCCCCCACGGACACAUCACCUCGCUGGCCGUGAAGCGCUCGCACCGGCGCCUCGGCCUGGCCCAGAAGCUGAUGGACCAGGCCUCACGGGCGAUGAUCGAGAACUUCAGCGCCAAGUACGUGUCCCUGCACGUCAGGAAGAGCAACAGGGCGGCCCUGCACCUGUAUUCUAACACCCUCAACUUCCAGGUUAGUGAGGUGGAACCCAAGUACUAUGCCGAUGGGGAAGAUGCUUACGCCAUGAAGCGGGAUCUCGCUCAGAUGGCUGAUGAGCUGAGGAGGCAGCUGGUGCUGAAGAAGAGCAGAUACGUGGUUCUGGGCUCUGAGGAGAACCAGGAGGCCCAGGACAGCACACUUCCGGAUGCCGAGGAGGCCUGUCAGCCCGAGAACCCGGCAGGCAAAGGCAGUGAGGCCUGUCAGCCCGAGAACCCAGCAGGCAAAGGCAGUGAGGCCUGUCAGCCCGAGAACCCGGCAGGCAAAGACACUGGCAGCCACAGCACUGAUGUCCAGGACAGCUCAGAGUACUUGGAUUCCACCUCCUAGAGCAUUGCCUGAGCAUCUCUGGUCUUCAUGUCUCAGCCACAUCUACUGUGAAACUUGGCUUAACUGCUGUGCUCUGCAGUAUCCUCCCUGCUGCUCUGGGGUUAUCUCCCAGUGACCCGAGUGGCUCUUCGUUUUCAACUCUCCAGAACCUUCCACAUAGAGCUACUGUGAUCAUGAAGGAACACCUCAGCGCAAGAGCCAAGGAAGCUUGAGGCCUGCCGUGACAGAACAUCUGGUGUCCGCUCACCAUGCUGCCACUGUACUGUUUGUGGUGGUCCUAUGCUGGCUUGUAGAUACAUUGCACAGUUGUCUCUUAGAAAUGACAGAUAGGAAGCAGGGACAAUUCUGAAGGUGUCAGCUUACGGGUUUUGCCAUUAUUUAUCUGGGUUUCCAUCACUAAGGGAGUAGAUGGGACCUUCAAGUUAGACCUGUGCCCCUUUCCUCUUCAAGUGCAAUUUAUCUGUUUCCUCUUGCUUUCUAUGAAACUCCAUGUGUCCUAUCCUCCACAUCCAAGGAGUAUUUCCCCCUUUCCAGUGGGAAAACGUGACAAAGAAGGGCUCCACCACCCCUUACAAACUGUGGAAACUUUAAGAAGAGCGAGCAGUAAUUAAAUUGGACACUCAUCUGCUUGUGCAUGUCAGUUGCUUUUUGCCUUUUGUUUGCUUUCUUCUGCAAUGAUGUCACUUGCCAUUUAUUGAGGCAUGCAGUGCUGUGGCACUUACUAACAUGGGUAACCCUGUGAGGUGGGCAUUAUUAUCUCUGUUUUACACAUAAGAGAUCGAUCGGAAGCCGAGCGGGGGAUGACGACUCAGGAUUUCAACCCAGCUCAACCUGCGGGAAAUCAAAGCCAAAGUUUCCUCUUUGCUCCUGUUUGAGCUCAAAAUUUAUUUGCAAAGCAAUGUUAAAGUGUCAAAUGACAGAAAGGAGACUCACUUAAUAUAUGACAACCGACCACGUGUCAAUUGUAAAUAUAUAUGUAACCUUCAUUGUGAUCCCUGUAGAGCGUCUCAGUAAAAGUGAAGGCAAAGGGCCUUGACUUUCCCGGAAACGUCCCAGAUAGAUGGACUUAGAACAGAGUGAUCUUCUCAUAUUCUCUCAACAUUAAUUACCAAAGUAUCCAACAUGUUCAUGUUCACAUUUAUGAAAACUGGAGUAUAUGGAUUUACAUCUAAGCCCUGACAGUAAGCAGCUGAUGACAAGAGAUGAGUCUGUUCUGUAAUCCAUCAUCAGCCCUGCUAAGUACUUCUUACAAAUCGGCCCCAGUGUAGAGAAUGCCUGUCUCAGGGUAAAGGCUUGCCUGAGCAGACAUAGAACUUUCUUUUUUCUCCAGGGAAGGAUUUGCCAUUUUGUGUGUCAACCUGGUCCUCAGUCUUUCCAUUUUCCUUUUCUUUUUCUUUUUAAUUUUCUCGCUUACUUCUGAAAUGGUUUUAUUCUUUCCCCUCAAGCAUAUGAUUAUCUCUUUAUUUUUAAAUAUUACAGCUUUCUAACAUCUGUCUCCAGGGCAGCAUAAUCUUACUGAUAAAAUAUUCCGUGUUUUCCUUGAGCCCUUGUCAAUAUGUCUUCCUGGUAACAGCUCAGCAGAUGGAGAAACAGAAGGAGUAGCCUCAGCUUACCUGAGUGAUUUCUCUAGCCCAGCACCAGCCACAUCGAGUCUCUAGUAACCCGAUGUUAAUCAUUGCAGCAAUCGGGAAAUAAGAAAGGUUUCCAGACAUUUGCUGUGCCCCUGCAUAAAAAUGCCAGUGCUUUUCUUUGUUACCAGGAGACAUCAGAAAUCCAGCAGUGCAGCAGCCUACCUAGUUUGGGUUAUGACUGUUUAGAUAAUAAAAGUAAACAGUGUUCUAACAUUGUUUAGGGCAUAAAUUAGAAAGUUCCCCGGUGAUCCCAGGGGUGCGCUGGCUGCCGAUGGAACAGAAGCAGUCAGUGGUCUUUCCAUUCAUUCCUGGGGAUGGGAGCCUCUGACACUGCUUUCAUAACAACACUGUUCUUUUCACACAGCAAAUUAUUCUUUUCUCUGAACAAACUGCUUACUUUUUACUUAAGCCUGGUCCUACAGAGACCAAAGCAAGGAUGUAGAAUAGCUCAUGGUAUGAGUGUAGUGUGGGGUAGAAUGACUCACACCCCUUCUGAAUGCAUGACUUUACAGAAACUGGAGUGAACCCCGUUUCGUCAUCAAAUUGUUCAAAGCUCUUAGUCACCAGGACAUAAAGUCUUGUGUAGUUGUGUCACCAACUGGUGAAUGAAGCCUGUGGAUUACAUAGCUAAAGUCUGUUCUUCCCUUGACAUAAGAGCAAUAAGAAAGAGAUGAUAUGAAAUAAAAUAAUGGAAUAUUGGGGUGAAGGAGACACGCAGAGUAGUGCUGGAAAUUGAGCCAAAGCUGGUAGCUUUAAAAGGAUCAAGAAAUAAAGGAUUUUUUCACAUUAGUUCUAUGUAAUGCUAAUACUGACUAGUAACGGUCAUCAAGGUCAACUGCUAAGCAGUCUGACACUUGUUAGAUUACUUUGAGUUAGACCCUAAGAAUUUAGAAUCUCAUUCACUCACAGAAAUGCCAUUUGCAACACUGUGUCAGAGGUUGAUGGCCAAGUAAUUUCAAUAGAAAGUUCCAGACAUAUCAUAUACAUAUAAUAAAAAUGUUUGUUUAUAGUGCAUGAAGGGAAUCAAUGACAACCAACAGUUACAUCUUAUGAUGGAAUUCUCUGAUGCUGAAUCCUUGCGUGGCUUCCAGGAACUUGACCUAACUGGGUGGUCAAGACAACUGCAGAUGCACAGAAAAGGUGGGGUUGGAUGGUUGGGGCUCUGCUGGAGAAUGCAGCACUAUGGGAGCUCACAAUGUUUAUUACAGUUGGGUACACAGAGGCAGGGUUAGCUAACCCAGUAAGGAGCUAUCCCUGUACAGAGAAGUCUUCGGGCCAUAAAUAUCUUGAGGGAGAAAGCUAUGGUGGGUAGACCUUUUCUGCACACAUUAUCAACAUCUGCCUACAGACCAAAGAAGGUUUUGCCCUCUCUGCCUUACUCAAGAGUGAGGCGGUGACAUCUUCCCAUGAAUCCUUGACAUGGCCAUGCCCAGGUCCACAGUACAUAUUCAGAGGAUUCUCUGUUCCCCACAAUGCUGAAGUAGUUUUCCCUCCCAUCUUUAAAAACACGGGAUUUCUUUUAAGAUUUUACUUCUCAAUUGUUUUUACAUUUAUUAUGUUGGGUAAGCACAUGUGCCACAGUAGUGCCCAUGUGGAGGUCAGAGGACAACAAUGGGAAUUGGGUCCUCCUUUGUGGGUCCCAGGGAGCAAAGGGACAAAUUCCUUUACCAGCUGAGCCAUGACUUCUAAUUCACACCUUAAUUAUUCUGUUCAUUGACAAUAAACUAACCCAGACAUUAAAACUGUUUUUGAUUCUAA